ACGACUCCCAACAGGACGUGAGGAGUAGAGCUGCCAAGACCACACACACAUACUCCUAUAGGACCUCAGUAUACGACGGUCCUCAGCCUAUCAAAGAAUCCCCUCCUGUGCCCUUUGUUUCUACGUGCGGGAGGAUUCUUUAAGAUUCUCACAGGAUUCUAGUGUGAUAAUAUCCUUCGAUCAGGCAGGACUGUAAAUGGUGUGUAUCAGGAUUUCAAGUGAAGGAUCGUGGUGAGAAUAGGACUUGACAGGUUGGGGGUCUUUUGAUCAGGAGAACAGAGUGACGUAUCGUAGGAGUUCUUGCCGUGUUAUUGGGGCGUUUGAGACCGGAGGAGAUGGUACAGUAGAGUGUGGACGUGUGUUGGAAAUUCUACUUAGUGAAAUAUAAGAACAAAAGAAGAACAAUUAUAGAGGGGAAAAAAAAAGGUUAUCAAGUGACCUUAUCAAUCUAAGUUGAAGAGGUUUUGUGUGUAGACAUUUAACAGUCGUCGAACAAGAAAAAAUCGAAAACAAAGGACAGUACAUUUCUUGGGUUCGCGUUAUCAUUUGAAACAGUAUUAGAUUAUUGAACUUCAUAGGUAAAAGAACAGUAUACAUUCCAGCCAACGUUCAGAGCAGUGACAAACGUUCCAGCUGAAUGAAAAAGACAAAAGAAGAAUAUUCAACUCAAGAGCUAAACCAACAGUAAAUAUUCCACCUCAGAGGACAUAGAACAACAGACUUUACAGCUGAGCGACUGAAAUAAUCCUAGUAAAGUUGGCCUCACUUGCGUAAUGGUGAGGGACCUAAGGGUGAGCCAGGCGGAACCCCUUCAUUACCCCGUGUGAGUGAUGAUCGACGCAAACACGGCGCUUCACUCCCACACCGUCCGUCCAGGCGGCAACACGAGCGAAUUUCCUGUUCCUCGCGAGUCACUUACGCCACGGAAGUGUGAAUAGAUCAAGAGUUUUAGAAAAGAAGAAACAUUAAGAGGUGUAGAAAAAUAUAGCAACAUUUCAUUAGAUCAAGAAUGUAUUUGUUUGGAUAAUUUUAGAGAGAAUUUAAAUCGAAUUUCAAAGGUUUCAUGAUAUAGGUCAUAGAUAUAUCAAAACGGGACAUACGGACACUAACAGACGCUACAGUGAACACGGAAAAUAGAAUUAAGAAGUGUGAAUAAAUAAAAAGGUAAUCUUCUUAAGGUGACAGAAAAAGCGAGAGCGGUGAGAGGGUGUGUCGUCAACUGCUCUCGAUUCAUCUACUGUAUUCGACACCGUAAUCUGGUGAGCGAAUGUAGAACAUCGACGGGUGAUGGUUGACUGACUACAUUGUUGGUGACUCUCGUGGAUUCCAAUCCCUCCUGUGUAAUAAAAGAAUCCUUAUACUUGGAGUCCAGAACGGGCUUCACUGAGACUCGAAGGAUUCUAAAUCUCUAAAAGUUUGUGCACAAGACUUUGAGGAGCCUGAAGUUCGUAAUAAUUGUGCCCAAAAGUUUGUAACGGUUCUACAAGACUCAAAACAACCUCAAAAUCGUAAGAACUUUGGAAUAUUUAAGUUAACAAAGUUGACCAGAUGUUGUCGAGGGUGUGGGUGACGUGUGCGGUUGUGGUGGUGUUCACCUGCCUGUGUGCACGCACGCAAUCGGCAGCUGUUCCGCCUAAAACACUGGCGAAGAAGGAUGUCCUGCUGACCCAGUUACUCAGGGCUCUCGAGCUGUAUAACGGGAAGGGCGUCGCCAGGGCAGCCAAGAACCUCCUGAGUGGUGCGGAAGGAUACUCGGACAAGGAGACAAUGAAGCUGGAGCCUGGGAUCCUGCCGGAGGAGAAGGAUAUAAAGGACAUGGCGGUGCUCGUCUAUAUCUCGUCACCAAAACACUUCGGGAAGGAGCCCUCGAAACCUCAGGUCAGGAUUGAUUACGUUCCUAAGGAGCUGGUGUUCGGGGACACGAAGAACUCGACCGGAAAAUACACCCCUGUGCAAUACUUCGCCGUCAAGAAAACGAAGCCGGAGAAUGAAAAGAUAGGAGGCGGAAGAGAAGGAGAAUAUUCAGGUCAACAUUUCCACCCAAUGGGAGAAGAAAAAACAUCUUUCUCCUUGACUGGGCAGACCGUAAGAGAUUCAAUUUUUGAGGCUUCACACCGGAACAAACAACCCGUCUCCCCAACACGCAAGAAGGAAACCCUCCUGGGGCGCCUGAAACGAUCACUCUGGGACUCAUACUAUCAAUCAGACGACUACCAGGAUGACCAACCACCACAAGAAACGGCUGUGCAACCCAGAGACGUCGCUCCUCACCAAAUAUACUACAGGGCGUUUGACUUGGGCCGGUGGGAGGGGGAGGAGGAGGCAGCGGAAAGGGAGGGAGCCACUUCACGACAAUUCGGUUUCCUCGGCAAUCCUGGAGGCUUGGCGGCACAGUUCCAGCUCGCCCUCGAGAACCCAGGAGUGGUGAUUGCUCUUCUAGUCCUCAACGGGUGGUUCCUGUGGGCAGCCUUGUCAGGGUUCCUCUUCAACCCUCUGGGGCUCCUCAACCCUGGAGGCGGCGGUGGUGGAGGCUCUUCGUCAUCAUCUUCAUCCUCGUCGUCAUCAUCUUCGUCGUCGUCGGGAGCCCAAGUUGUCGCAGCUGCGGCGGAUAUUGGCAAUUUUGAUGAACUAGACUUAGAUUUUGGGGAAGAUGGAGGUCCAACAGCGGGCGACACUGAAGACGAUGGACAAUCCGCCCCUGACCCACCAACACCAAUCUUCGUCUCUGGGGACAUUGGCACCUUUGCAGAAUACGACUUUGGUGACACAGACGAAACCACCACCCAGUCAACGUCUGGAGGAGGCGAGGAAGGCACCACCCAGUUAUCUACAGACGGUGGUGACGGUGUGACUCAGACAUCUUCAGGAGGCGAGGAAGUCACCACCCAAUCGUCUACAGACGGUGGUGACGGUGUGACUCAGCCAUCUUCAGAAGGCGAGGAAGUCACCACCCAAUCGUCUACAGACGGUGGUGACGGUGUGACUCAGCCAUCUUCAGGAGGCGAGGAAGUCACCACCCAAUCGUCUACAGACGGUGGUGACGGUGUGACUCAGCCAUCUUCAGGAGGCGAGGAAGUCACCACCCAAUCGUCUACAGACGGUGGUGACGGUGUGACUCAGCCAUCUUCAGAAGGCGAGGAAGUCACCACCCAAUCGUCUACAGACGGUGGUGACGGUGUGACUCAGCCAUCUUCAGGAGGCGAGGAAGUCACCACCCAGUCAUCUACAGACGGUGGUGACGGUGUGACUCAGCCAUCUUCAGGAGGCGAGGAAGUCACCACCCAAUCGUCUACAGACGGUGGUGACGGUGUGACUCAGAUAUCUUCAGAAGGCGAGGAAGUCACCACCCAGUCAUCUACAGACGGUGGUGACGGUGUGACUCAGACAUCUUCAGAAGGCGAGGAAGUCACCACCCAGUCAUCUACAGACGGUGGUGACGGUGUGACUCAGAUAUCUUCAGGAGGCGAGGAAGUCACCACCCAAUCGUCUACAGACGGUGAUGACAGCACUACCGAAGCACCGUCAACAACAGGAGACCAAACGACCGACGCACAACCAACAACAGAAACUACCACAGACAGCGGCGAUGGAGGCGAGGAAAGUACGACGGAGGAGAGCGCGACCACCCAAGAGACGACAGAGCCCUCAACGAUAGACACAGCUGAUCAAGGCGGUGUGGUCACCCCCAUCUUCGCCUCUGGCCUGCCGUCCUUCGCCUCAGCCAGGCCCUCGUCCACCGUCGGUCUCAUAGACGACAGUGAUGGCGUGGUGGCGGUGGAUGGUGCUGUGUGGGACCUCCUGGCUGACCUAUCCACCUCUUUCCGACCGGAGAGCUCCACGUCAUCUGCUGGUCUGUCAAACCUUCCCUCCCACCCCCCUCUCCCAGUGCCACGUCCCACCCCACAGGACACCUCCCUCCCCAUCUCCUGGCAGGUGUUCCCGGAAGACACCCCGGAAGGCCUGGCAUUAGGGGAGACACCCAAGCCUACCGUCACCCCAAGUUAUUCCAUUCUCCACGCUUGCCUGAUCCUGGGGGGUGACGUGCCACCCUGUGUGGGCCAAGCGGAGCUCUACGGCGCGCUCCUGAACCAGAACCUCCAGAAGCCGUCACCGGUAGACUCGACUCCGUCAGGCAUCGAUGUGAUCCAGCAGUUGCACCCAAACGCCCAGAUUCUUGAGUUUCUUUCUAAAAAUCCUCAGCUCCAGCUAGGCGGCGACAGUGUACAGGUAGAUAGCUCACGUCUUCCUGAUGUUCAGGAGAUUCUGUCGCAGGUUCAGUCUGUUCAGGAAUCAUUCAUUAACUCCCAGGCAUUCCAGACAGCCGGCACCGUGACCGAGACAGUAAAUAGUCCAAAACAGAACGCGACGAAGACCCUCUUGAGUAAAUACCCCCACGCCCAGGUAGUCCCAAGCAUCUACUCCCCUGUCCCCCUCCGAGACACAAACAGGAACAACAAAGAUGCUGAAGCGACACCAGUUUUUCCUCUGGAUGACGUUGAGAGCACGGAAGAAAGACCUCUACAAGCCUACAGUUCCUUGGACCAAGCGAUAAGAGAUACACCUCCAGGCGACAACAUCACGUCUCUCGUGAUGAAUAUCGAAGUUCCAGACUCCCCCUACAGUCACUUAAGGAACUUUGGCCCUCAGCAGGUACAGAUGCCUGAUCCUAUGCUUCAGGUAAUAGGGGGAGGUGACCUCAACUAUUCUUCAACACCUCCUCUAGCAAUGCCCCCUUCAGAGAACAUGGCGGAGGAAUCAGAACACCAGUCGAACCGAAAGACCCCUGAAGAACACCCAAAAACAACAUACGAUGAGGCGGGCAACGACCAAGAGGAACCCCUAGACGCUAUCCCUCAUCCAAUUCUUGAAGAAAUUUUGCUCAACGAUAAGAAUAUCGACCAGGAAAACACAGAAGAGGAGUUGUUACAGAAAGAUCCCAGAGGCCAGCUGUUAAAGUCGCUGUUCCCUCACGCCCAACUCCUCCCCAAUAAACACAAACGAUUCUCCUUCACAAGAGCGUAACAAAACAAUACACUCAUGCCACAAAUGAACGCCACCUAAGGCAGAAGACGGGCGAAAGGAUCAUCCAGCUAAGCCAGCAUAAUACCAACUCUGAAACGAUCAUCGGUCGUCGCUUUUACCAUCGUGUCUUUCAAGCUAUGGGAGGAAUGGCAGUGAUGAGAGCUCGCAUGUGAUGAAGAAUCCUAAAAAAAAAUAUGAUUAGUUAACAUUAUGCUUUUAACCUUGGCUGAAAAUAUAACAGUAAAUAUAGACUCUAGGCUUUAGCACAGGUAAUGAGUAAAUAUGAUUAUAGCUCAAGUAUAUUUAUGUUAUGUUAAUCCCUUACUAAUUAUGUCUCAUUAUCUAUAUAAUCUAUUCAUUACCAUUCUAAUUAACUAUCUCCAUUAUUAGUCGCUCUAGUUUUUCCUAUCAUUUAUCUUUUUUGUUUUAAAUAUUUAUCAUUACAAAAACUUAAACUACCUGUAUAGUCAUUUUCAAUUAUGGGACAACAAUUUUACGUGAGUCGGAUCUUUCUGUCAUAUGUGCUGCGUUGACCUGAUUCUGGGAGAGGUAGACACUUAAAUAAAUACACACACACAGGGCAUGAGUAGGCGGGUGUGUAGGAGCAGGUAUGGAGGGACGGGUGUGUAGGAGCAGGUAUAGAGGGACGGGUGUGCAGGAGAAGGUACGGUGGGCAGGUAUGUAAAAGCAGGUAUAGAGGACAGGUAUGUAGGAGCAGGUAUAGAAGGCAGGUAUGUAAGAGCAGGAAUGGAGGGGCGGGUGUGUAGAAGCAGGUAUAGAGGGACGGGUGUUUAGGAGCAGGUGUGUAAGGCGUGGAAGAUGCGGGUUAUGGGAGCGUGUAGAGGGUGGACUGUAUAUGUUCACUGCCUUGACUAAAGGAAACUGUUACCAAACUUACGUCACCGUCCACACCUGUCUACCGUCACUCUACUGUCACUAUCUAUCUAUCUAUCUAUCUAUCUAUUUAUCUAUCUAUCCGUCAAAUACUAGUAAUAGUAGUUUUUAGUGGUUGAAGUAGUGAUACUGGUUAUUGUGGCAGUGAUGGUUGUAGUGGUAGUAGUAGAAGUAGUAUUAAUAGUUGUACUAAUUGUGGUUAUACUAGUAGUAUUAGUAAUAUUAUUAUUAUUAUUAUUAGUAGUAGUAGUAGUAGUAGUAGUAGUAGUAGCAGCAGCAG